CUGGAGACGUACGGCUGCCAGAUGAACGUCAAUGACACGGAGAUCGCCUGGGCCAUCCUGCAGAAGAAUGGCUACACGAGGACAAAGGACCUGGGUGAGGCAGACGUGGUUCUCCUUGUCACCUGUUCCGUGAGGGAGAAGGCAGAGCAGGCCAUCUGGAAUCGCCUGCGGCACCUCAAGGCGCUGAAAGCCCGGCGGCAGCAGGCUCGCUUGCCUCUCCGCAUCGGGAUCCUAGGAUGCAUGGCCGAGAGGCUGAAGGAGGAGAUUCUGCACAGGGAGAAGCUUGUCGAUGUUGUGGCAGCUGCUAACGUCCUGCUGUCGCUAGACGAGACUUACGCAGAUAUCCUGCCUGUCCAGACCAGUGCCGGCGGCACGACAGCCUUUGUGUCUAUCAUGCGGGGCUGUGACAACAUGUGUAGCUACUGCAUCGUGCCCUUCACCCGUGGCCGUGAAAGGAGCAGGCCCAUCGCGUCCAUCCUGCAGGAAGUGAGGAUGUUCUCGGAUCAGGGCGUGAAGGAAGUGACCCUCUUGGGUCAGAACGUCAACAGCUUUCGAGACAUGUCUGAGGUGCAGUUUCACUCGUCUGCUGCCCCCGUCCUCAGCCGUGGCUUUCGCACAGUCUACAAAGCCAAGCCAGGGGGCUUGCGCUUCGCACAUCUCCUGGACCAGGUCUCUAGGAUUGAUCCCGAAAUGAGGAUCCGUUUCACCUCUCCACACCCCAAGGAUUUUCCUGACGAGGUCCUGCAGCUUAUCCGGGAGCGACACAACAUCUGCAAACAGCUUCACCUCCCAGCCCAGAGCGGGAGCACACGGGUCCUGGAGGCCAUGCGACGAGGAUACACAAGAGAAGCGUAUUUAGAGCUCGUACACCAUGUGCGUGAGUCCAUUCCAGGGGUGAGCUUAAGCAGCGAUUUCAUCGCCGGCUUCUGUGGAGAGACGGAAGAAGAUCACCAGCAGACCGUGGCCUUGCUGCGGGAAGUCCGCUACAACAUCGGAUUCCUGUUUGCCUACAGCAUGAGGCAGAAAACCCGGGCACACCACCGGCUGCAGGACGACGUGCCUGCGGGCGUGAAGCAGAGGCGGCUGGAGGAGCUCAUUGCUGUUUUCCGGGAGGAGGCUACAAGGGCAAACGAGGCGAUGGUGGGCCAGCCCCAGCUGGUGCUGGUGGAGGGGCCCAGCAAGCGCUCUGCCUCGGAGCUGUGUGGGAGGAACGACGGCAACAUCAAGGUGAUCUUCCCUGAUGCCGAGGCCGAGGAUGCUGCGGGCUGUGGGGCGCUGGCCAUGGCCAGAGCCCAGCCGGGGGACUACGUGUUGGUGAAG